GGGCUAGAUAGAGCCUGGGCGCCGGCGGGAGGAGCGCUCGCACCUGCUCCUUGGCGGCAGCGCGCCAGCGGGUCGCUUGGGCCCUCAGCACAGAAGCUUGUGAAAGCGCUUGAUGAAGGGUGGAAACCUCAACUGCCAAAGUAUCAGGCGUGACCCAGCCCUGACGAUGUGGCCAGUGACGCAGGGACGGCAGGGUUGGAGUAGGCUGUGCAGACCGCGGUGCCGAUCUUCCUAAGUGGUGACCCAGGGCCCCGAUGGCAAACUUCAAGGGCCACGCUCUCCCGGGGAGCUUCUUCCUGAUCGUUGGGCUGUGGUGGUCAGUGAAGUACCCACUGAAGUAUUUUCACCGAAAGGGGAAAAGAGGCCAACUGAGUCAUAAUUACGAGCGUCUGGAGAUCAUUGAGGCCGCCAUCAGGACUUUAUUCCCCGUCAUUGGGAUCCUAGCAGAGCAGUUUGUCCCGGAUGGGCCCCACCUCCACCUGUACUCGGGAAAUGAGUGGAUCAAGCUGAUGAAUUGGCAACACAGCACCAUGUACCUGUUCUUCGCCAUCUCGGGAAUCACGGACAUGCUCACCUAUCUCGUCAGUCACGUGCCCUUGGGGGUUGACCGACUGGUGAUGGCUGUGGCAGCGUUCAACGAAGGUUUCCUCUUCUACCACCAUGUCCACAACCGGCCGCCACUGGACCAGUACAUCCACUCGCUGCUGCUGUGCGCUGUGUUUGGAGGGGCUCUCAGCAUCUUCUUGGAGGUGAUCCUUCGGGACAACAUUGUGCUGGAACUUUUCCGAACCACGCUCGUUCUUCUUCAAGGCACCUGGUUCUGGCAGAUUGGGUUUGUGCUGUUCCCGCCCUUCGGAGGCCCGCAGUGGGACCAGGAGGAUCACGCGAACCUCAUGUUCAUCACCAUGUGCUUCUGCUGGCACUACCUGGCUGCGCUCUGCGUCGUGGCCGUCAACUACUCUCUUGUUCACUGCCUUCUGACCCGGCUCAAGAGGCGCAGAGAAGGAGAAAUCAUUGGCAUUCAGAAGCUGACGUCAGAACCCACUUACCAGAAGGCCCUCCUGAAUGGCUCCGAUGAGGAAUGAGCAGGGGCCAUCGGUCACAAACGGGGUGUACGUGUCCCCUUGAGCAGGACUAGCUGAGUGGCACAGGCAUAGCUCAUCUCCGUGUUAAUGCUUGCUUUGGUCUGCCCUUAAGGUGCUCUAUAUCUGCACCUUCUGAUUGAAUGGCUGAAGACUGUGUUGGUGCGGUAUCCUUCAUGAAGAAAAAUGAAGCAAGCCUUUACGUCUCAGAGAGAAGAGAAAUCAGAGACUCUGAAGUGUCAGAAGGGCAUGUAGCCUCAUUGACGAAUCCAGGAUCUGAAUCCAGCCAAACGCACUGCUGUUGAAGACUUAGCCCUUCUUUUCCUCCCAAGAAAGCAGGUACUUUCUUAUUAGGAAGUGAGUGAAUGACAGUGCCUUUCUUUUAGAGAUUCGAGUCUAGGAAGUAUUUUUAAAAAGUAGUAAUCCACAAGUUUUGGUGUUUACACAUCACUUGUUAACAUCUCUUAACUAAUCAGGACACUUCAGAGUACUGCAAUACCACUGUUGGUAAGGGACAAAGUUGGGCCAAAGGUGAAUUUUAUUUUUAAAAUCAGGAAGCUAGUUAGUGGCCCAGAUGAGAGCUGGGACUCAGAUGGUCUGACUCCUCAAAAGUGCCCUCAUGAGAGGAUGCUGACAGGAAAGCCGUACCGUGAGGGAGAGAGAAUGUCAGGUCAGGGAAGGCCUUGACUUUAAAUACGGCUGAAAGCAAAGGACAAGAAUCCCGCAAAGGAUCUGAAGCUGGAACUGGUAAUACAAUCUUGACAAUCUUGAUACUCUAGUCUUGGUUCUGUUUGUGUUUUUUUUAAGCUUCCUUCAACAAGGGCUUAUUAAACAUCUACUUUGCACCAGGA